AUGGACGACUUGACCGAUGUCGUCCCGAUUCGAAGUGAUCCGAAUGACGAAGUACAACUACAACGACGGGUCAGGCCCGACCAUGAUAUUGGAUGGGGUAGGAAAUUUGGUUACGGUGUUGGCCAUUUCUACAACGAUCUAUGCGCAAGUAUGUGGUUCACUUAUCUUAUGAUAUACCUGGAAAAAGUCCUAAAAUUUCGGAGUUCUCAUGCUGGAUUGUUAAUGUUGAUCGGGCAGGUAACCGAUGCUGUUUCUACUCCUGUUGUUGGUAUCGCCAGUGAUUCAAAUUCACUUCCGAAAUUUUUCAGUAAAAUUGGUCGUCGAAUGUCAUGGCACAUUAUAGGGACGAUUUGUGUCUCUGUAUCUUUUCCAUUCAUAUUUAAUCGCUGUUUUGUUUGUUCGGAUUCUGAAUCCGAGUGGUUUGAAGUAAUGUGGUUUGUACCGUUUAUAAUGGUUUUCCAGUUUGGAUGGGCUGCUGUACAGACUUCACAUUUGGCCUUGAUUCCGGAACUUUCAUCGAUCGAUAGUAGUCGAACUACAAUGAACUCGCUGAGAUAUGCUUUUACUGUUAUUGCUAACCUUUCGGUUUUUUUUAUUCUUGCAUGGUUUUUAUCCGAAAACACUGAACAUUCACAAAUUGGACCUAAUGAUUUCAAACACUUCCGGACUGCAGGAUUUAUAGUUGUUGGAGGUGGUUUGAUAGUUACCUUAUUGUUUUACCUGACAGUUCGCGAACCGAGAAAUGUGAGAAGGUAUAGCCGCAUGAAUUCUUUUGCUUCGGAUGCCAGUGAAUUAGUAAGGAUGCACUGGGCAAGUUGGUUUGGUCAUCUUCAGUUUUAUCAGAUUGCACUGCUGUAUAUGCUUUCUCGUUUGUAUGUAAACAUAUCACAGGUGUACUUUCCAUUUUAUAUAACACUAACGCAAAAUUAUGGGAAGAAGUACGUCGCUAUUCUUCCUAUGAUCUCCUAUCUUUCAUCAUUUUUUGUAUCAUUGGUUACAGGAAUUCCAUGCCUUAAUCGUUUCAUUAAUAGAAAGUUGUUAUUCCUCAUUGGCUUGCUCUACGGUUUGGGAACUUGUGUAUGGAUGUUGUUCGACCUUUCUUUAUGGGAAAUUUAUGCCGUCGCUGGUUUUAUGGGUAUCGGUCAGGCUAUCCUUCUCAUCACUUCAUUGUCGAUCACUGCUGAUUUAAUAAAUAAAAACACGGAAAGUGGAGCUUUUGUUUACGGUGCAAUGAGUUUUGUAGAUAAGCUCGCCAACGGGUUGGCAUAUCAAAUUAUUGAACUAUGGAAUCCGUCUUGCGAUCCUACCCAGCCUCACGAAGCUUGCACGGUUUUUUAUCGUAGAAUUAUGGUGUCAUCGAGCAGCAAGAUCGCGCAGUCCCGAUCAAGUUGCAAUUAUGGAAGACGACGAUCUAGUUCCCGAGGAAGCUCCGUGAUUUGCAUUUGUAUCAAUUUAUCCGGACUGAUUGCCGUCAUAAUUGUGGAUAGGAUAAGAAAGGUUCCGUCAUUCCGUCUCAAUCGUCGUUGGACGAUUAACGUUAUAAACAUAAAUGCAUUUUUAAUCGGAACUCAAUGA